UUAGAAGAAAACACAAAAACAAAAUGCUAACGGUGAUAUUAUUCGUGUUAUUUUUAAUCCUGUUAAGCUUCGCUAUUGCGAUGACGGUUCUAUAUGUGAAGCAGAAACGGCAUAAGCCCAUGAAACUUUGCGAAUCGCGAGAAUGCUUGCGCUCCGCAGCCAACCUUGCAUUAUCCAUGGACCCUACUGCUGACCCCUGCGAUGACUUCUACCAAUACGUGUGCGGCAACUGGGCCGAAGACCAUCCGCGCCCCGACGCUUACCGCUCCUACGAUUGGUUCAGAGACAAGCAAACCAAGGUGUACACGAUGGUGCGCGAUUUCCUCGCGAAGAACAUCACCAGCCACCACAAGCCUGUGCAGCAAGCCAAGAUCAUGUACGACUCUUGUAUGGAUACUGAUACAAUAGACAAACGUGGUUUAAAACCAGUCCUUCAAAUUCUCGACUCCCUAGGGUUGCCUCUAUACCCGACCUUCAUCAACGCCACCGAAGAUUUUGACUACUCGUCAUACAGUUUUGACUGGGUGGACACAGUGAUCAAGAUCAAGACCAAAAUGGGCAUGGAUGUCUUGAUUGGGUUCGAUAUAUUUACGGACCCUAAGAACUCUUCAGUAUACAAAUUGGUCAUGGGGUCUCCGGAGACCACCAAUCCUUUUCCCAGUAUACGUCACGAUAAGAAACGACACAAUUAUCAAAAAAAUAUCAAUCAAAGUCCACGUAUACCAAAGCACUACCAAGAUGAAACAAUACCAUUUAACAAUGAUGAUUUGUUCGAGUCCAAAGCAAAGAGUGAAGACAAAGCGGCACAAGCGUAUAAACUAUUGUAUGCUGAAGUGAUAAAACUGUUUGUUAUUGAUUCUGGGGCGGCAAAAGAUACCAGUUUGACUGAGAUUGAACUGGAUCAACAUAUAUUUCUCGCAGCCAAUGAAUAUUUUGACUUUAAUAAUGACCUUUAUGACUUGGAGUCAGAUAACGAAACGGAUACAAAUAAAGAAGAACUCUAUCUAAAUAUACCGGAGUAUACAGUCGAUGAACUCCAAGCACACACUGAUGAAAUUGUCGAAUCUAAUAAUAAUACCGCCAGUCCCAUAUGGAAGAGGUAUUUAGAAGGAGUGUUCAACAUUAGCAAAAUUGAACUUGACUUUGAAAAUGAUAAGAUUCUUGUAUCAGCAAGCGAUCUAAGGUACAUGUCUUUGAUGGCAUCGUACGUGGCGAGAAGUCCGCCUGUUGUAAUUGAACUUUAUAUUUGGAUAAAGGUCGUAGAAGUGAUGGCAUCCCAUACAACAAUAGAGUUACGUACAUUGUUCCACCGGUCGCACGACGAGAUUCGCCACCGUGGGUAUACAUCUACCCCGCCUCGCAGUCUUCAGUGCGCCAGCGCAGUCAACGACAUGCUCGGCCUCGCUGUUGCAUACGCUAUUGCUGAUCCACAUUUCUACAACGUCACUAAGCCCAAGAUACAAGACAUGCUAUGGGAAAUGAAAAAGGCUCUUGCGCAACUUGUCAGCAAAGCGAGAUGGAUGGAUGACGAUACCAAAAUUGCCACCUAUCAGAAAAUUGUCAACAUGAAGACACUCAUUGGCUUCCCCGACUGGCUCCUCGAAGAGGGAAGACUAGAAUCUUAUUACGAAGGAGUCGAAAUAGACCCGGAAAAACACUUGGAGAACAUGAUAAAUAUUAUACAAGUCAAAGUGAAGAAGGUGUUGAACAAAUUUCGAGAAAAUAAUAACUUCACGUGGGCUACUGAUCCUACUGAAGUUAACGCUUACCAUACUUUUCAAGAAAAUACAAUAACUCCCUUAAUUACGGUUCACUAGGAACAGUUCUCGGACACGAGAUCACACAUGGCUUUGAUAACUUUGGUCGUCAGUUCGAUAAAAACGGCAACCUGCUCCCUUGGUGGACGAAUGAAACCAUCGAGUCCUUCGUAAAUAUGACGCAAUGCUUCGUCGAUCAAUACUCUAAGUUCUACGUGCCUGAGUUAGA